ACGUCAAAAAAAAUUGUCUAUCGCGUAUAAUGGAAGUUACUAAGAAAAAAUAUAAUGAUAUAAGUGGAAUAAACAAUUUUAACAAUCUUGAUAAAUCUGAAAAAGUUCUUGAUAAUGAAAAACUUUCUAUAUUAAAAUUGAAAAAAAAAAUAGGAACAGAUUAUACAUAUAAACAUAAAGUGGUAUGGCCGAACGUAAUUGGAUUUAUUAUUUUACACGUCCUAUUCGUAUGGGCCAUAUUCUUACUUAUCACAGGACGCGUGAAAUUAAUGACGUUUUUAUGGACUCUCCUGGUAGCUUACACCGGUUCAGAAGGAGUCACGGUAGGAGCACACAGAUUGUACAGCCAUAAGUCAUUCAAAGCCAAACCUGUACUGAGAGCUAUAUUGAUAUUGGUACAGACCAUAGCUGGGCAGAACUGUAUUUUCAUUUGGAGUCGUGACCAUCGCCUUCACCACCGCUACUCUGACACUGAUGCAGACCCUCACAACUCCAAGCGAGGGUUCUUCUUCAGCCAUAUGGGUUGGUUGAUGACCAAGAAGCAUCCCUACGUCAUAGAAAUUGGAAGGAAAAUUGACAUGAGCGACCUCGCGGCUGAUUGGAUGAUCAUGUUUCAGAAAAGGUACUACUACUACUUAUAUGUGCCUCUGUCCAUAAUCUUACCAGUUUGGGUACCAGUACGGUACUUCGGAGAGUCUAUAAGGACGUCGUUCCUCGUUGCUUAUAUAUUUCGAUGGAUGACGUCACUGCACGGGACCUGGUUGGUCAACAGUGCUGCUCAUCUCUACGGUACUAGGCCUUAUGAUAAGAAUCUUCAACCAGUAGAAUCUUGGUUCGUGUCGUGGCUAAGCCUUGGCGAAGGCUGGCAUAACUACCAUCACGUGUUUCCUUGGGACUACAAGGCGGCUGAGUUCACCAGACAUUACAACUUCACAGCCUCCCUUAUAAGAUUUUUUGAGAGAAUUGGAUUAGCGUACGACCUUAAAACUGCUUCUCCGGAAAUGGUAGACAAGAGAAUCCUGCGCACGGGUGACGACACGCACGAGCAUUGGGGUACGGAGGCGGCGCGCGCGGCCGUCGCAGUCGACUGGGGCCCGUUGCACCCUUUCAACCCCACCUACAACGUCACCUACCCGCCCCCCAAUUCCACGGUCGUGGAGGCCGGUCUACCGCUGUACCAUGAAGAUGAUAUAUUACUUGAUAAAAAAGAGAGAUAAUAAAAGUUAGAACUUGAUAGGGUUGCCACUGUUAAAAAAAUAAAAUAAUGUACCUACUGAAUUUUUCGGUUAUAGGUCAUAUCAACAAUUUUACAUUUAUAUAUGUUCAAAAUAUUCAAAUCCAUAUAACAUUAAUAACACAUUCGUUGCCCCAAGAAGUGAUCCGCAUUUAGGUAACUUUGAGGGAAAAAUUGAAUCAGAUAUGAAAUAAUGUAGUAAGUACUACGUACCUACUCAAAAUAUAGUAUAGUACGAUACUAUAAUAAUAUAUUACGAGUGACAACCCUAUCUAUUGGAAGAGUUUUUUUUUACAAUAAUCUUUUAAAUAUGUAA